AUGGGUCUUCUAAACUCCCUCCCGAAGCUACCCCUCGUCGGGUCGAUCCUCAUAGUCCUCUGCUCGCUCUUCACCCCCACGACCGCCUACACCGAACUGGGCGACGAGGCCCUUCGCGCGAUCCCCUCGGGUGGCGACGGUUUCAACAUCGACACCGGCGCGCUACUGGCCCCCAUCCUCAUCCCCCGCGUCCCCGGCACCCCGGGCUCGCUCAAGGUGCAGCAACACUUUGUCGACUUCUUCCGCGCCAACCUGCCCGAGUGGAUUAUUGAUUGGCACAACUCAACGUCCAAGACGCCCGCGACCGGAGAUAAGGAGAUACCCUUUACGAAUCUCAUCUUCCGCCGCGACCCUCCGUGGGCCAAGGGCGGAGACGUCGAGUAUCUGACGCUCGUCGCGCACUAUGACAGUUUGUACCACCCGGAAGGGUUCAUUGGGGCGAUUGACAGUGCAGCGCCUUGCGCGAUGCUGCUGCACGCGGCGAGGAACAUUGAAGAGGCUCUGGUAAAGAAGUGGAAGGCGAUGGAGGCCUCGGGUGACGCUGGGAGCGGGCUCGAAGAGGAGAAGGGAGUCCAGAUCAUUCUGCUUGACGGAGAGGAGGCGUGGGUGUCAUGGACUGACACGGAUUCGCUCUAUGGAGCCAGGGCGCUCGCCAAGAGCUGGGAAGACUCCGUUCACCCUGAUGGCCUAUACAAGACUCCUCUUUCGUCCAUUAGCCUCUUCCUUCUCAUCGAUCUCCUGGGCGCCCCUAAUCCCCGGAUACCAUCUUACUUCCCUUCCACCCACUGGGCCUAUAAGAAGAUGGCAAAGAUUGAACAUCGCAUGCGCCAACUAGAUGUCCUCGAAACCAAGCCGAAACACCCAUUCCUGACGGAUCGGAACAAAGAGAAGGUCGGCUUCGGCGGUGGUUAUGUUCUGGAUGACCAUGUGCCGUUCUUGCAGCGGGGUGUCGAGAUCCUGCACAUUAUCCCCACGCCGUUCCCUGACGUGUGGCAUAAGAUUGAGGAUGACGGUGCCCACCUAGACCUGCCAACAGUACGGGACUGGGCGCGUAUCCUGACGGUUUUCGCGGCAGAGUGGAUGGAGUUGGACGAGCACCUGCCCAAGCAGAUAGAGGGUGAGGCUGCUAGCGAGUCUAGCGACGUCAAAGACGAACUAUGA